CUUCUUGUGGGUGUCGAUUUCUUUCAAAUUUCCUUUAUGGGGAUCUUAAAUUUGAUGUGGGUUUUCAAUUUCAUACCCAAAUGAAGCUGGUUUUAAUGGCGAAAUAAAGCCCCAUUGCAGUGUUGCAGCUCAAGCGAUGCAUCAUUCACUAUGGAAGCCUCUAUCUCACUGUGUUGCUUUGAUUAUGGAUAAGCGGAGUAGAACAAAAGAUGGGUACGAUUCAGCGAUGGAUGUCAAAAAACACCAAAUGAUUCUUCGAAAACUUGAAGAACACAAGCUUAGAGAAGCUCUUGAAGAAGCUUCAGAAGAUGGGUCGCUCUUCAAAUCGCAAAAUGUGGACUCUGAGCCACUGCGCAACGACGGCGACGACAAUGGAUUGGGUCGAUCUCGGUCGCUCGCUAGGCUUCAAGCUCAACGCGAGUUCCUCAAGGCCACAGCCAUGGCGGCCGACCGUACGUAUGAAUCUGAUGAUGCCAUUCCUGAUCUUCGUGAAGCUUUCUCUAAGUUUCUCACAAUGUACCCAAAGUAUCAGAGCUCAGAGAAAAUUGAUGAGCUUCGUUCGAAUGAAUAUUCUCAUUUGAUUAAGGUAUGUCUUGAUUACUGUGGAUUUGGGCUGUUUUCUUAUGUUCAAAGUCUUCAUUAUUGGGAGUCUUCUACGUUUAGUUUGUCUGAGAUUGCUGCUAAUUUGAGUAAUCAAGCUUUGUAUGGUGGUGCUGAGAGAGGGACAGUAGAACAUGAUAUUAAGAGUAGGAUUAUGGAUCAUUUGAAUAUACCUGAGCAUGAAUAUGGCCUUGUUUUCACUGUUAGUAGAGGGUCUGCUUUUAAAUUGCUGGCUGAAUCGUAUCCUUUUCAUACCAAUAAGAAAUUGUUGACCAUGUUUGAUUAUGAGAGCCAAUCUGUGAAUUGGAUGGCUCAAUUUGCUAAGGAGAAGGGUGCUAAGGCAUAUAAUGCUUGGUUUAAAUGGCCGAGUUUGAAGCUUUGUUCGACCGAUUUGCGGAAACGGAUAACGAACAAGAGGAGGAAGAAGAAGGAGUCUGUUGGUCUGUUUGUGUUUCCUGUUCAGUCUAGAGUGACUGGUGCUAAGUAUUCGUAUCAGUGGAUGGCUCUGGCACAACAGAACAAUUGGCAUGUUUUGCUUGAUGCUGGUUCGUUAGGUCCUAAGGAUAUGGAUUCGCUCGGUUUAUCGCUUUUUCGACCGGAUUUUAUCAUAACAUCGUUUUAUAGGGUCUUUGGGUAUGAUCCUACUGGUUUUGGAUGUCUUCUGAUCAAGAGAUCAGUGAUGGGGAGUUUACAAACUCGGUCUGGAUGUACUGGCUCUGGAAUGGUGAAGAUUACCCCUGAAUAUCCCGUGUACCUGAGUGACUCGAUCGAUGAUCUUGAUCAAGUGGGUCGAUUUGAAGAUGAUCGAGUUGCUGGGGUUGUGGAUAAAACGUCCGAAACUCGUCAGGGGUCGCAACUGCCUGCUUUCUCUGGUGCCUUCACGUCUGCGCAGGUUCAGGAUGUUCUUGAAACCGAGAUGGAUCAUGACAACAUCUCUGACCGAGAUGGAACGAGCACCAUACUUGAGGAAAGUGAGACUAUUUCUCUUGGGGAGGUGAUGAAGAGCCCGGUUUUCAGUGAAGAUGAAUCGUCGGAUUGUUCGAUUUGGAUCGACUUAGGACAGAGUCCGCUCGGAUCUGAUAAUGCAGGUCAAUUGCAUACACAGAAACUUGCUUCUCCCCUGCCUCAGCAUUGGCUAAAAGGCAAGAAGAACAAACGACUCUCUCCUAAGCCAACUUCUAAGAUCCACAGUGAACCAUCAUACGACAAAGAGAACGAUUUUAACUCGGGGCAUUAUGACGAUCACCCUGUACUAUCUUUCGAUGCUGCUGUCCAGUCCGCAUGUCAGGAACUCGACUGUGUCGAGGAGGUUCCCAGAGAACUCUUUGCAGGAACAAGUGCCAUGUCAGCUAAUAUAGAAAAGGACUCCAAUAACCGAGUUGUUACCGAGAUCCGCGAAGCAACAGAAGCUAGUAAACCACUUUCCAACGGCACCUCGGAAAUAUGUCCGGAGACAAAGGAGAGUGCCAUUAGAAGGGAAACAGAAGGUGAAUUCAGGUUGCUAGGGAGAAGGGAAGGAAAUAAGCAUGUAAGACGAGUUUCGUUUAGAAUGGAAGAUAAUGGUAACGAGCAGUUAAACCAUAGCAUCGAGCCGGGGGAAGUAAUAAUGACGAGCCUGGAUGAUGAAGAGUAUACCAGCAAUGGAGAAUAUGACGACGAGGAAACGUGGAACAGGAGGGAACCCGAGAUUAUAUGUCGACAUCUCGAUCACAUAAACAUGUUAGGUCUGAACAAGACAACACUUCGACUUCGAUUUUUGAUAAAUUGGCUCGUAACGUCGUUGCUUCAGUUAAAGUUUCAGGGUUCGGAAGGAAACAACAAAGCGAAUCUGGUUCAGAUUUAUGGACCAAAGAUAAAAUAUGAAAGAGGAGCAGCAGUAGCUUUCAAUGUGAGGAACAGAAACAGAGGACUAAUCAAUCCAGAAUUUGUUCAGAAGGUAGCUGAAAGAGAUGGCAUAUCUCUUGGCAUUGGAUUCCUUAGUCACAUUCGGGUUUUGGACAGCCCGAAACGGCAACGUGGCGUUUUAAACCUUGAAGAAUCGUCCCUGUGCAAGCAAGCCGAGAAUGGAAGGCGUGGGGAGCACGGAUUUGCACGGCUUGAGGUCGUAACAGCUUCGUUAGGAUUCUUGACGAACUUCGAAGACGUUUAUAAACUGUGGGCAUUUGUGGCGAAGUUCUUGAAUCCUUCCUUUAUCAGAGAGGGAACGCUGGCUUUGGUUGAAGAAGGUUCCCAAGCAACUUGAGUUUGGUAUUGGUGAUUUGUUGAUAGAGUUAGAAGAAUCAAUUAUUAUUUUUUUAAUUAGUUGUUAUAUUGUUUGGAGAAGAUAGGAAUUAUUUGAAUUUGAAUCUGCUCAGAUUCUAAGGUAGCUCUUGGAAUUCAACCAGAUAGCUUUGUCAA